AUGGAAUCCCUCCGCCAUAGCCAACAUGACAGCGCCCCUAUAAAAUGCUCCAGCCGUGAUGAUGACAAUGUCGAGAGCGACGCGGCCUCGCGCGACCCGAUCUACCUCGACUACAAUGCGACCACUCCUAUCGACCCCGCGGUAGCGGAGGAGAUGAUUCCCGUGCUGCGCGCGGAGUUCGGCAACCCGUCCAGCGCGCACGCGCUCGGGCGGAGGGCCAACGCGGUUGUGGAGGGCGCGCGGGCGCGGGUGGCGCAGCUGCUCAACUGCUCUGCGGAUGAGGUGGUGUUCACGAGUGGAGGCACGGAGUCCAACAACUGGGCCAUCAAGGGAGCUGUCUCCGCCUAUACCACCACCUGCUCUGCUCCCGCCGCUGCUGCGCCCGCUGCAGUGCUGGCGCCACACGUGGUGAUAUCGGCAGUGGAGCAUCCAGCAGUGACGGAGGUGGUAGAGCAUGUGAGGGCGGUGGCAGGCUGUGAGGUGACGGUGGUGCCUGUGGACGCACAUGGCAUGGUGUGUGUGCACCAAGUCAUGGCUGCAGUGCGCCCCACCACGGCCAUCAUCUCCAUCAUGCUGGCGAACAACGAGGUGGGGUCGCUGCAGCCCAUCGCACGCAUCGCUGCUGCCCUCACAAGCCACAAAGCGGCCGUAGCGGCACAAGCCCUGCAAGAUGCAGCGAAGGCAGGAUCAGACAAGGCAACAACAACAGCAGCAGCAGCAGCAGCAGCAGCAGCAGCAGCAACAGCGGCAGUGUUUCCAUAUCUGCAGACGGACGCCAGCCAGGCGGUGGGGAAGAUCCCCGUGGACUUUCGUGCUCUCGGUGUCGACCUGCUCACUCUUGCCGCCCACAAGCUGUAUGGCCCCAAGGGCGUGGGAGCGCUGGUGGUGCGGCGGGGGGUGCACCUACCGAAGCUGAUGCAUGGGGCAGGGCACGAGAAGGGCAGGCGCGCAGGCACAGAGAGCACCGUGCUGCUGGCAGGACUGGGGAAGGCAUGUGAGCUGGCGCGCGCUUGUCUCCCGGGCGACGCAACACACAGCGAGCGCAUGCGCAGCAGGCUGCUGCACGGCCUGGCACGCCGCCUGUGCCUUGUGACGCCACAGGCAGUCACAGGGGAGGGCGAGGGCAACACAGUGCCAGGGAUGCAGAGCAGUGACGAUGCUGCUGCUGCUGCAGCAGAGGGUGAUGGGGAAGGUGACAAGGACAGGGUUCGGUUCAGAGUGAAUGGGCCAUGUGACCCAAGGCAGCGCCUGCCCAACACUCUUAGCCUCUCCUUCGAAGGCCUGCACGGCCCCACCCUCAUGGCGCGACUCCUCCCCCGAGUCGCAUGCAGUGCCGGUGCUGCCUGCCAUUCCUCUCCCGCUCCCCCCUGCCCCGCCCCUGCCGCCUCUUCCCCGUCCGUCAAGCCAGCAGCGUCAUCAGCCUCUGUGAAGGGAUCGUCUGUGCUGGAGGCGAUGGGGGUGGAUGGAAGGUAUGCAGGGUGCACUGUGAGGGUGAGUGUGGGGCGGUGGACAACGGAGCAGGAGGUGGAUGCUGCAGCACAGAUCAUUGCAGAUGCUGUCAUGCAACUCAACAACGAGCAGCAGCAGCAGCAGCAGCAGCAGCAGCAGCAGCAGCAGCAGCAGCAGCAGCAGCAGCAGCAGCAGCAGCAGCAGCAGCAGCAGCAGCAGGUCUGA